AUGCCUGCGCGCCGGCAGCCUGGGCCGACUCCUCCUGCCAAGAAGCUGAAGACCACGAACGCGGCGCUUCCUGCGGACGAGGAGGUAAACCUGGCCUAUUACCACGCCGUGCAAGAAGAUUGCCAUAAGAUCCUGACGCACCUGGGCGAGGAUUUCCCCUGCCAGCCAGCUGUGGCCAUUGCUAAAGCGAAUGAGGAGUCGGAAGGGGGCAUCCAGGAGCCUUACAGUUCUGAUGCUGCAUCGAGGGCGUUGGGCAACCAAGGGGCUUACGUUGCCGCGGUGAACAUGUUCUGGAUGGACUUCUUGAAAAGCCCAACCCCAGGGGUUCCGCUCCGUCGGAAGUCUGUCGAGGAUCUUGCGGACUACAUCUGGCCUCAGGGGGCGUUGCCGUCUUUUUUGCUGAAGCUCUUGGAAGUCCAAGCUCCAGCGAGCACGACGGUUGCAGAGGUGCCGCAAGGGUUGCAAAUGCUCUCACCCGAAGGCUAUGCUCACGCUGCGCUUUGCGCAUGUGCGCGCGACUUGCCCCAGCACAAGGAGCAGUGGGCAAGGAUUUUGAGAUCCGUCCCUUGCGCCUUUGUGGUUGUACCCAGUGGCGGCAGGGACGUGUGGAUUCAUGCCUGGAACAAGAGGAAUGCCAUUACUCAAGACUAUGAAUCCUUAUCCCGCACGGCUCUGCAGCAAGCGAUUGAGAUUGCAACCUUGAAGUCUCGCUUCGAGGCUGACGAGGGGCGCCCUUUGAACAACGGUGACUUCUUUCAGUUGCUGACGGCUCAAGGUUUGAAGAAAGCUUCCAGCCAGGACGACCUUAGCCCGAACCUCAUCGCCAAUGCCAUUCAGGUGUAUGAAAAAAUCCGGGGGCCUGAGAUGCUGGAGCCGCUGGCGGACCUCGAGACGAGGUACGGCUCCAAGUCGUGCUUGAAUGAGAUGUGCAACUUGCACGCUCUGGCCCAGAAGCCGAAGCCCGAGGCGCGCGUCUUCGUUUUGCAAGGCAUCCACGACCUGGUGGUGAGGGGUCUGGUCAACAAUGAGGACAUCACCAAGACAAGUUUGCGCGGGGACAAGAGCAAUGCUGGAUGGAUCGCCCUUUUGGAGCUCAAGCGCAACUGCUUGCAGCAUUGGCUGACCAUCGAGCUUCCCAAAGCCAAGGUUGCCGACAAGGACCGCAUGCUUUUGAAGGAGAAGCUUGCCUCCCACAAGGCGUAUCGCGAAAACCUUUGCGGGGAAGAUGUCUCUUGGCAAGGAGGGUUGGCACGUUCCUCGCUGGAAGCGCUGCAGCUCCUGGAGAAGCUGGUCUUCAACAAGCACUACGACAAUGGCCUGAAAGGCAUGGCCCGCGCCCACAAGAAUGCCGAGGAGGUGACGGAGCACGACUCCAUUCGCGAGGAUUGGUCCAAGGUUGUGUCUAUGCGGGAGAACGAGCUGAUGGAGGAGGCCGUCAAAGACAAGAUGGACCAGGAAGCCCCGGAAGAAGAGCCGACAGUUCUGGCCUCCAUGCGGAAGCCGCCCACGGCUUUUUCCGAGCACUCGCUCGGUUACUGGACUUCCUUGGCCAACACUUCUGUGCGAAGGCACGUGUCCUUCGUGGUGGUACCCGGGACGCAGGGCCAAAUGCAGCGGCUGGUGGCCCAAAGCUCGCUGAAAGACCUGGAGCGGGAGGAAGGGAAGAAGUUGGUCAUGGUUUGGCUGGACACGGACUUGAUGGGCGAGGCCCCGGGCCCCAAAGCUCAGCCUGGGCUGCGCCGCUCUCUCCCGCUGGAAGCUAAUGGGGAACUGCGUAGCAUUGUGCACGGGACAAUGCAAGCCCGGGGCGCGCAGCUGAAGACCGCAGAAGGAGAAACAACAUGCCCUGCCCCAGGCGAAUUGAUCUGCGUCCACGAUGGCGGCCGCAAGAUCAUGCCCGAGGUGCGCAAGCUUUUCCGCGCCAUGACAUCCAAAGGUGACAUCUUGGACUGUAAUGAAAAGCAGGCCUCCAUCGUCUUCAAUGAAGAAACCAUUCGAGUGCGGAAGCAGCGCAUCAAGAGCUCUGAGGCCUACACGUGCCAAACCUCAAUGAGCAUGUUCACCCGGAGCAUACUGGUUCCGACCAUGAUCCCAGAGAAGCGCCGCGCGCACUACCAGGGCUACAACACAGGCGAUGUCAUUGGCUGGGUGGACGCCGUGCCUGCCAACGCUUUGUGGGAAGCGCCUCGGCCUGUGAAGGAAAAAGUCCUGGGCAAGAAGACGCUGACACUGACCGCCGCCGAGGAAGGCCUGAGCAAGGAUCAGAAGCAGCUGCGGGCAGCAGAGGGCCGCCUCGAAACGGUCUUCAGCGGCACGCGCUUGCCGCAGCAGUUCCACAGUGAGCUGCUGGCGUCGCUGUGCUGCCAAGGCGUUGUAGAUCUCACACCAGGGCAAGGGUUCCUGGAGCAGGCGUGCUUGGAUGCGCGCGUGCCAGUUCUGGCGGUGUGCCUGAGCGAAGCGCACGCGGAGGCGCUGGAAGAGCGCCUGACGAAGUAUUGCUUGUCCAAGUUUGUGGAGCAAGGACACACCCUUUACCGAGAGGGGGCCAACAAGUUCUUGAAGCCAGACGGCUCCAUAAAAGAGGACAAAGGCGACGAUGAGCCCGAGGAAGUGCCAAAACCUAAGCCAAAGGCAAAGCCAAAGGCAUCCAAGAAGAAGAAGCGAGUUGAUGACGACAACUCUGGCGACGAUGAGGAGCCUGAAGAUGACACUGAGGCAGGCGACACUAAGAAGCCCCCGCCGAAGAAAAAGAAGAGCAAGAAGGAAGACGCUGAGGCAUCCUCUGGCUCGGAAGAGCUUUGGUGA